GCAACACUUUACGUGGUCCUGUAUUGGUUAGGCCGGCGGAGGAAGUCUAGUGCUUUGCCUUGCCUAGGGUGCUGUUUAGCAGUGUAGAAGGCUGAAGGGGCGGGGCAGGGGGUGGUGAGGAACAGCAUGGCGGCUGAGCACGAGCCAUCCAACGCUCUGCGGCGCCACAGGAGUCGCCGGGAACUAGUGGCCUUAGUGUGUCAGUAGCCAGCCUGCAUCCCCCCCCCACCCUCGGCCUUUUCUACUGCGGCCGCCGCUAGCAAGCAGCCCCACAACCUGCCUGAAGGUUACGGGCUGGACAGCCAGCUGGCUCCAUAAACCACACCAGCCAGUUGGCUGGGGCAAUGGAGGACGUGAAGUUGGAGUUUCCCACCCUACCACAGUCCAAAGAAGAUGCUGAGGAUUGGACCUAUCCCAUGAGGCGAGAGAUGCAGGAAAUCUUACCCGGAUUGUUUUUGGGCCCAUAUUCUUCAGCUAUGAAAAGCAAGCUACCUAUACUACAGAAACAUGGAAUAACCCAUGUAAUAUGUAUAAGACAAAACAUUGAAGCAAACUUCAUUAAACCAAACUUUCAGCAAUUAUUUAGGUAUUUGGUACUGGAUAUUGCAGAUAAUCCAAUUGAAAAUAUAAUACGUUUUUUCCCAAUGACUAAAGAAUUUAUUGAUGGAAGUUUACAAACAGGAGGAAAAGUUCUUGUCCAUGGAAAUGCAGGAAUUUCCAGAAGUGCUGCCUUAGUUAUUGCAUACAUUAUGGAAACAUUUGGAGUGAAAUAUAGGGAGGCAUUUACAUAUGUUCAAGAAAGAAGAUUCUGUAUUAAUCCAAAUGCUGGAUUUGUCCAUCAGCUUCAGGAAUAUGAAGCCAUUUAUCUAGCAAAAUUAACAAUACAGAUGAUGUCACCACUGCAACUGGAAAGAUCGUUAUCUGUUCAGUCUGGUACUACAGGUAGCCUGAAACGUACACAUGAAGAAGAGGAGGAGUUUGGAAAUAUGCAAGUUGCAGCUGCACAGAAUGGAUGAUGGUACCUCAAACCAAUGACAUAGUGUUUGAAUUCCUGUAUGUGAAGGGGAAAAUACAUUAAUAAUGUAAAAUGAGAAAAACACAAGUAGCUUCUUUUCAAUUACAUGUUGCUUCCAAAUGUCUUUAUCUACAACUUGCUAAAUAAGCAACAUUUUAAGAAAAUGAUGGACUUCUUGAGUAGAUGGCACUGAUUGUUUAAUUUUUUUUUUUUUUACAAGAUUUUUGGACUUGCUUAAGUAUUAUUGCAAUAAUGCACUUUUCAUACUUGAAAAUUUCUUUAUUUGUAUGAUAUAAAGUUAUUACUUUAAAAACAUGCAAGUUGGGGAGGCUUGUUUAUAAAAAUUAUUUGUAAUUUAUAACAAUUUACUAAAGAAAAGUUUGUCAAAAUUCAUUUUGUGUUUUGUUUAUACAUUUUUUUAAAAUAAUUUUACAAUUCAGUUUUAUGGUAGAACUCCUUACAGAAAUAUUAAUGCAAGAAUCUGCCACAUUUUCAGUUUAUGUAUUUUGUUCACCCUUUCAUGUUUGGAAACUGUCCUUGAACUAAUACUGAUAUGCUUCAAAAUCACAUACUUCAUCUUGGUUCAGCUUCCUGUAUUGGUUAACGUUGCUUGGCCUGUAUAAAAUUUUUAACAAAAGAGGAAAAAAUACUUCCUUUUGUCAAAUACAAUGCAUUGGUAUUUCUAGGGGGGAAAAAUAACACAUUAUAAGUUUCAAAUGAAUUUUAGAAUUUCCUUGGUCUGUAUCUGUGUUCUUUAGGAAAAUCUCUAGUCUUUUUCCUUUGUCCAGAACUACUACAGGUUCUAAGAUGUGUACACUGUCAUGCUAUCUAUUUUUUAGAAGUUCUAAAAAGUAGAAAUAUGCCUUUUAUUUCUAAAAUUAGCUUUAUUGUGGCCUACAAAUUGGAUAGAAGUUAAGAAUAGUGAAAAUGUUUACCAAAAAAAUUUAUUAUUUUUACAUACCUUAAACUGGAACUAUAAAAAGUCUAAGCAAAUUGUUUAAAAUGGACCACAUUCUUCCCAGCCGAUUUUGUGUUGUCUUUAUGAGUAUGAGAUUCUCAAAAUGAUGCUUCUCUUUUGUAGGUCUUUGGAAUGGUAUCUGGAACAAUUACUUUAAGUAUUUUAAGGAAGCACAUUUUAUGGGUCUUUAGUUUUAAUAUUUUUAUUUACAAAUAUAAAAGGCAUUAUAAGAAAGCAUUUGCUUUUUUCUAAAAUGUUGAAACAGAAAUGAUUUUUUUUUCACCUUUUUAUUUUUGUUGGAUAUCAAAAACAAAACUUAACCCAUACAUCACUUUUCUCAGUGCUUUGAGUGCUUAAUGGAUUUUCCCUGGUAGAAACAAAAGACACUAUGUAAUACAGUUUAUUACAUCUGUUAUUUUGAACUUUUGUGUUUCUAUUUCCUCCUUUUGCCCAUUUUCUCCCUAAUCCCCUCAAAUAAUGCCAGUAAAAACAACACUAUUAAAUUAUACAUUUUGCAAGAAUUGUUUGCUUUAAUAUUUCAGGUUAUCUAAGAUAGUAUUUUAUGUUGUCCCACUUAGUUGAGACAACUCUCAGCUUUUCUGUGAAUGAAAGAGUAAAUUAGUAGUUUGUGAGUGUCAUGUGAGUUAUAUAUGUUAGGUAUUUAAAAGAUUAUAUAACUCUUACAAAAAGUCCAGGGUAAUCUAUAGUUCUAGUUCUGUUCCAUUUUGAAGUUUUACACUGCAGAUUUUCUUUGGAGACUUAACCAAAAUCCAAUUGGUGGUGUCAGGUAACAGCUUUUGCUUUAAAUGAGUCAUAAUCAAUGUCAUCUAGUCAUUAAUAUUAUUUAUUUUUUCAAUACUUGAUACUGCAACUUCUAUUCUAUAACCCAUUUUGUAUUUAAAAGUAAUUUUUAAAAAAUACUUUGUGUAGACUGAGGAGUUUGGACUUAUCUCUCAAAAAUUUAUCUUUUAUUCUGUUUAAAAUGCACCCAUUAAUUUGUUUAGGUAUUUUUGUUUCCUUACUGUUUUAUUAUAUGCUAUCAGUGAAGUGGUUCUGUAGCAGUUAAAUAGUGUCUCACAGACUCUCAUUGUCUUGAGAAUGAAAUUAAUGCCUACAGACAAAAAACUUCAUUCUGUUACUUGAUUGUCUAAAUCACAGCUUCCUAUUGAAUGUUUUAAUUUUGUUUCCCUGAUGGGAUAUUUUCCAUUCAUUUUUCCAACUUUAGGAAAGCUUCAGUUUUUGAUAGAUUAUAAAUAUCAGUGAGAACAAAAUAAAAAUUGUCAUCUAAAUACAUGAAAGGAACUAAACCAUGACCUAUGGUACUGAAAACUUUUUUAAAAGAAUAAUCUAUUAUAAUUUUUAUGAAUACAUAUGGCCUUUUCAGCCAAUGUGACUUAAUGCCUAAAUUAGGACAAAUAAAAUCAUAUAAUAGUCACAUAACCAUAUACACAGGGAAGCAGAAAAAUCUACUUUACUCUUCUUUAUUGUAGAAAUAACAUUUUACCAGUGAUUAUGUAUCAAAUGUUGGAGUCGAAAUUUUUUCUUGCUUUCUAAUAUGAGGCCAUUUUUUUCCAUGAUACUUUUUUCAGACUAGAAAUGAGACUUUUCUGUUUGCUGGUUAUACUAUAGUGAUGAAUUUAACAGUAAGAUAUCUAGUAUCUCAUCAUUAAUUAACUUCUUCAGUAGAAUAUUAGGUCUUAUCCUUCAGGAGAACCAAAAGGCAUCAUUUGAAAAUGUUAGGUAUUUCCUUCCUUUUUCUCCUUAAAAGUUUCUUUUUAACUUCACAACAUUUUUUUCAUAACUUUAAAACAUUUUUAUUCAUAGUGAUUCAAUUUAGUUAAAUCUGAAACAACUAAAAUUUUGGGUUGAAAAGAAAAUGUGGUGACCAAUCUAAGUUACUAUAUAUUAAUAUAUCCAAUUUCAUAUUAGUGUUCAUCUAGAUCAUUGCUUUCAAAAAUGGAUAGUAAUUGAAACUCCUAAAAGGAAAAUUAUUUCAGUACAAAAAGAGGAUUUUUCUAGGACCCUGGAAUUCUCAUGGUUUUUGAACGCUGGAGUUCUUUUUCUUCAUGACAGUUAAAAAUCUGUGCAGCAAGUUCAAAAGAACAGCCUGUCUUUGUAAUUUGCUUCAUAUUUGCUCUUAACAUGUAUCUUGGACAAAGUGCUGAGUAUAGGAAUGCUACAAUGUAAGAGGCUGCUAGUCCUGCACAAAAUACACUUCUUUUGUGUGAAACUAUUUAAUUCCAUAUAAAUUAAAAAAUGGCAACUUGUGCCAUUGUAUCUGAAAAAAUUAUUAGCUACCUUUAUACCAUGAUUGUUUUUUUUAUAUUUUCUGUUGAUACUGUAGUUCCAACAGUUCAGACUUUCAAUUUUCCUAAGAAUGUGGUUCAGACUGGUUUAAUAUUCCAGUUAUGUAAAAAUGUGAAUGAGUUUUUAAAUGUUUUUGUUUCAGUUCAGUUUUAAAUGUAAUAUACAUUCUAAUGACCACUUUGAUGUUUGUUUGUUUUUUAUUAAGCAAAUGGUUAUGGAGAGUGGAAUUACGUCAUAGAAACCUAGUCAAAAAAAGAUCACAGGGACUAUCUAGUCCCAAGAACACCUAAACAAGAAUGCACUUCAGACAUUCUAUUUUCCUUUUGAUGACUGUAAAAUGGGAAUUGGUCCCCCUGCAGCUUCUAUUACACUUUGUAGAAGUGUAGCCUUCUUGAAACUGAGUAAUCUGAUCCUUCUUCUAUGUCACAUAACCCUUCAAAAACUAGCGAAUACUGUCUAAAUAAAUACUAGCUUAAAUAUCCUCCUAGAUCUAUAACUUAGAAUUUAGAUUCUCUUGGAUCAUUGCCAAGGAUCUUAUUGGAUCAUAGGUCUAGUGAUAUGAAUCAUUUAGAUUAAAGAGAAGCAAAACAAAUACAAUAGCAUAUGAAGAAUAAAGAUGAUCUUUAAUUAAUUUACAAAUAGCUAAUAUCUAAAUAACACUGGCCAUUACCUGAGGACCUAGAAGUUCAAGAAAUAUUAGAAGGAAACACAUGAAAAAUUUUACAGUUCUAUCAGAAUACACUAUCCAUGUGAAUAGUAAUUUUAGUGUUUUGAUACUAAAAAAAAAAAA